AUCGUACAACACUUUAAACUUGAUGGAAGAUCUGAAACUCUUGUACAGAACAGCAGGACUGGAAGGGAAAGGCAUCUGUUUUCUUUUUACAGACAAUGAGAUCAAAGAUGAAUCUUUCUUGGAAUACCUGAACAAUGUUUUAUCAUCAGGAGAAGUGUCAAACUUAUUUGCACGCGAUGAAGUAGAUGAGAUCAUUAGUGACCUCAUACCCACCUUCAAAAAGGAACAUCCACGUAGACCUCAAACCAGUGAGAUUCUGUAUGACUACUUCAUGACCAGAGUCCGUCAGAACCUUCAUGUGGUUCUUUGCUUUUCACCAGUAGGUGAAAAAUUCCGAAACAGGGCCCUGAAGUUCCCUGCUCUCAUUUCUGGAUGCACUAUAGAUUGGUUCAGCCGAUGGCCCAAGGAUGCUCUAGUGGCAGUAUCUGAACAUUUCCUGUCCUCAUUUGAUAUGGACUGCACUGCUGAUACAAAGAGGGAAAUUGUGCAGUGUAUGGGCUCAUUCCAGGAUGGAGUGGCAGAGAAGUGUUCUGAUUACUUUCAAAGAUACAGACGUUCUACACAUGUGACUCCCAAAUCCUAUCUGUCCUUUAUUCAGGGAUAUAAAACCACAUACAAAGAAAAGCGUGCUGAAGUGCAGACAUUAGCAAACAGAAUGAAUACUGGACUGGAAAAACUGAAAGAGGCCUCUGAGUCAGUGGCUGCUCUAAGCAGAGAGCUGGAGGUAAAAGAAAAGGAACUUCAAAUUGCCAAUGAAAAAGCUGACAUGGUAUUGAAAGAAGUUACUGUAAAAGCACAGGCUGCUGAGAAGGUGAAGGGUGAAGUUCAGAAAGUGAAAGACAAAGCUCAAGCUAUUGUAGACAGUAUCUCAGUUGACAAAGCCAUUGCUGAAGAGAAGUUGGAAGCUGCUAAGCCUGCUUUGGAAGAGGCAGAAGCAGCCUUACAGACAAUAAAACCUGCAGAUAUUGCCACUGUCCGCACACUGGGUCGACCUCCUCACCUCAUUAUGCGUAUCAUGGACUGUGUGUUACUGCUCUUCCAGCGAAAAGUGAACAAUGUGAAAAUUGAUCAGGAAAAAUGCUGUACCAUCCCAUCAUGGCAAGAAUCUUUGAAACUGAUGACAGCAGGGAACUUCUUACAGAACCUACAGCAAUUUCCAAAGGACACAAUUAAUGGAGAAGUAGUAGAACUUUUGAGCCCUUAUUUUGAAAUGGUGGACUACAACAUUGAGACAGCUAAGAGAGUAUGUGGGAAUGUUGCUGGCCUUUGCUCGUGGACCAAAGCUAUGGCUGUAUUUUUUUCCAUCAACAAAGAAGUAUUACCUUUAAAGGCUAAUUUAGCAAUCCAGGAGAAUCGCCUAACCACCGCUAUGCUGGAUCUGCAGAAAGCUCAGGAAGAACUGGGUGCCAAGCAAGAAGAAUUAGAUAUUGUGCAGGCAGAGUAUGAAAAAGCGAUGAGAGAAAAACAGACUUUGCUUGAAGAUGCUCAGCGUUGCCGUCAUAAAAUGCAAACUGCCUCAAGCCUUAUAAGUGGUUUAGCUGGUGAAAAAGAGAGGUGGACAGAGCAGAGUAAAGAAUUUGCUGUGCAAACCAAGAGGCUAGUGGGUGAUGUACUCUUGGCUACAGCUUUUCUGUCCUAUUCUGGUCCUUUUAACCAAGAGUUCCGCAGUCUGCUAUUAAAUGACUGGCAAAAGGAAAUGAAAAGCCGAAAAAUCCCCUUUGGUAACAACUUGAACCUCAUAGAAAUGUUGACUGAUGCUCCAACUAUCAAUGAAUGGAACCUUCAAGGAUUACCAAAUGAUGAGUUAUCCAUACAGAAUGGAAUCAUUGUCACUAAAGCAUCUCGUUAUCCUUUAUUAAUCGAUCCACAGGCACAGGGUAAAAUUUGGAUUAAAAAUAAGGAAGGCAGAAAUGAACUUCAGAUCACUUCUUUGAAUCACAAAUAUUUUAGAAGUCACUUAGAAGACAGCCUUUCUUUGGGAAGACCUCUUUUGAUAGAGGAUGUUGGAGAAGAGCUUGACCCAGCACUUGAUAAUGUUUUGGAAAGAAACUUCAUUAAAACAGUUUCAGCCAAUAAGGUGAAGGUUGGUGAUAAGGAAGUAGAUGUUAUGAAUGGCUUCAGACUUUACAUUACUACAAAACUGCCAAAUCCAGGUUACUCUCCUGAAAUUAGUGCUCGAACCUCCAUCAUUGACUUUACUGUGACCAUGAAAGGUCUUGAAAAUCAACUCUUAGGCAGAGUCAUUCUCACAGAGAAACAG